GGGAAAAGGGAUAUAUUUUUUUUUUCGUUAUAAAGUUAUAAAUAAUUAAUUUAAUUAACAUGGCGGUGGCAGUGAAUUCAUUUGAUUCUUGGCUAAGUGAAAAGCUUCAGGCAUUAAAUACUGACGAGGGUGUUUUUGGAUCGUACAUCAAGGGUAUUUUGGAAGGCGAUGAAACUGAUGACGAGAAAACGGAAGCUCUCGAAGGCAUUCUCGCCGGCAUAACGGAGGAGAAUAUUGAAAAUCAUGUGGCUGAAAUUUUAAAAGCAUGGUCACAAUGGUUACCAUCGACAGAUGAAUUAAAUAACGCCACAGUACCAAGCGAAGAUGUUGAUGUACGUUUGGCACGACUUCUUGAAUCACAAAGUCUUCCCACAACAACGCAAAGAAGUUAUACCGAUGAGGAGAGGCGAAUUCGCGAAGCAAUUCUUGCACAAUACAGUGAGAUGCCCGAUCAAGAGACAAGCGAUUGUGAAGACACUGAGGAGGCAACAUCCGGUAUUGAGGUGAAAAUUGAGAAAAACACAAAUGCCGCAAGUAUCGUUCAAUUGGAACGUGAAAAACGUGAGAGAGCAAAAAUUGAGAGUCAAAAAAAGAAGGAGAAAGACAAAGAGGAUAGGGAGAAGCAAAAACAGAUGAAAGAGGAAAAAAAGGAGAAACGCAAAACACAAAAGGGUGAACGAAGGAGGUAGCAUUAAAAAUUUUUAUUGACGAGAGAAAAAAAA